AUGACGUUGACUAACUCUUCGGAUGCAAUAAUUUGUGGAGCUUUUUCGCAUCAGAUAUUACCAUACAAACAUGUCGAAAUUACCAUAUUUUCAACUGCUAUUCUAACAUUGAUUUUGACGAUAUUUAUCAUCGCAGUAAACGGCUGUUUUAUAGGACUGCUUAUCGUAAAAGCUGAAGUGAGAAAAUCAGUGAAUAUUUUAUACGUAAUGCUCUCAACGUCGGACCUGAUAUACGGUCUAAUCGUUUUAGCGACAACUUCUGUGUCUGUCACUGGCGACUUAAAUGACUUUUGUAGGAGGCGUUCAUUUUUGGCUGUCUUGAAAUAUAUACUUUGCUCGAUGUCGCUAUCGGCUGUUCUUAUCAUUACAAUUGAAAUCUACCUAGCUGUUAGAUGCCCAUUCAAGCAUAGAGCAAGAAAAGAAAAAAAUGUGUUGCCAUUUUUGUUGCUGGCUGUUUGGGUACUAUGUGUUACUGUACCAGUAUUGGCAACAUAUAUGAAAAACUGGUGGAGAAAAUAUUUAUUAGUUUUUCCCUUUUACAGUGUGGUUGUAUUUACAAUGAUCGUUAUUAGUCAACGAAAAGCUCAUUGUGCUAUUCGUAGCAGCGUAAAAUUAAGAGGUGGUCAAAAGCAUUCGUUGAAAACAGCUAUCCUGUUGCUAACUUGUUACGCUGUGUCUUUUCUCCCUCUCAUUGUAUCGAAUUUUCUUCUCAUUUUCUCAGUCAAUGACUUGUUUGUUAACAGCUAUUUAACACCAUGGACGUGUUUUAUCGGCACAUUUAAUCCACUGUUUAACGGACUAAUUUACUCUUUACGACUAAAAACAGUGAAAGUUUAUUUUCAAAGGGCAUUGGGUACCAGUAGUUCGCAGGCAUAA